UUGUAAAGUGUUGUGAUUUUUUGGAGACUAAGGUAAAGGGUGAACCUCUGUGUAUCGAUUGGUGUGUUCUUGACGUCAGACGUGUGUGUGAGGGUUAAUACAGACGUUUUUGCCGUGAUAGGAGCUGUUUGGAGCUGCAGUUGUUUCUCACAGUGGGAUUUUAUUGAACCGGGAGUCCUGGUGUUCGUGAUGGAGAUAAAAACAGACGCCGCAGCCGGACACAUCACACAUCACACACUUCAGAGGAACAGCAUGAUGCCACGCAUGCAGACUUUAUGGACGUGCUCGGUGCUGAUUGUAAUUUUGUUCACAGAGUCGCAUUGCAUUCAGAAGACGACUCUGACUAAAAACUGGGGACCGCAGUCGAUGCUGUACCUGAAGGGGAAAUAUGGGAGGAGAUACGUUCCAGACAGCGGUGUGGAUUUUUAUAAAUCAGCUCUGAAAAGCUGGUACGCAGUUAUUAGAGAUGAAGUCAGUGCAAACUGGAAGAUCGACUCGUCUUUUCACGGCCGAGAAUCUGCUGAUCCGUUACACAGAGUAGGCUCGAUUUAUGCAGCUGAAUAUAUUCAGAAAUUGUAAAAAUGUUUCAGAACUUUGAGCCUUUAACUUUUUUUACAUGUCUUUUUGAUUCAUUAAAUGUGCAAUUAGGUGUAAUGAGUUGCUGAUGUAAUGUUAG